AUGCGCGACUUCGCACCGAGCUACUUCGACGAUGUGUACGUUCACAGCCGGGCUGUGAACGAGAAGACGGACGUCGAGAUGCACAAGGAGCAUCUCCGAGAACAGCUUGGGUUCAUGCGCAAGCACAAGCUCUAUGCGAACCUGGAACUGCGGCAGUUCCUUGGCCUUGCCACGUACUUGUGCAAGUACGUGGACAACUACGCAGGCAAGAUUCGCCCGCUGUCGCAACUUCUGAAGAAGGAAGCUGCGUGGGAACGGACUGCUGAGUGUCAGCAGGCGUUCGAUGCGGUCAGGCUGGGCUUGACUGGAUCGCCGAUCUUGGCUGUGGCUGACCAAGAUCUCGCGUCAGCUGAGCGAAACUACCCGGUACAUGACAAGGAACUCCUUGCCAUGAAGUAUGCACUCGCGAAGUUCCGAGUGUAUUUACUCGGCAACACACCGUUCGUGGUCUAUACGUCGUUGCGGACGGCUGUGAAGUCUCCGCACAUCUCGCAACGAAUGGCGAGAUGGUUGUCCUUCUUCGCGGAGUACAACUUCCGGGUCGAGUACAAACCCGGAAGGUUGAAUGUCGUCGCGGACGCAUUGUCGCGACGACCGGAUUACGCUGUCAAGACAGCCGACGUCAACCGAAUUGUCGUCGCUCGGACAUUUACGCCGUCGUCGUCCUUGUUAGACGAGGUGAAGGCCGCGUAUGCGCAUGAC